UGGGACCAUUGAAUACUCGCCUAGGGAUGCGGGAAUCUAAAGCUUCGCUUGCCUCUUCCUCGCCGUUUCAGGCCUGCUUUCAAGAUUAGAUCCGUGGCGCCCAGACGUAGCUUGUUUUGGUGGGUGGAGGGAAGACAGGGUGGGAAAGAAAAGAUCUUGAUGGAUUUUGAGAGGAAUCCGCUUGCUUCCUCUUCCAGCCAAUGCUUUGUUUUUGUUUGUUAUUUUAUUUUUUGACACCCAGGCCCUGCACCCCACAUCCUGUCCUGUUUUGAAAGGAGGAGGGAAGAGAAAUAAACGUGGCAGCGCACACAAGGCCAGCGGGGAGACACCUCUGGCUCGCAAGGCUUUUCACCCUCAUCUUUUCAGUCCUGGAAAAGGAAUUCGGUCUGUCUUUAGCAUGAAGCUCUAACUGAACCGAAGGAAGAAGCAACCCUGAAACCUCCGAGAUCAGUGUUGAGGGUGGCAACUGUCUGGGGACCGUCGUGUGGGUGUGGCAGAAAUCAGAGCAGAGUCCAUUUGCCUCUUAGGCUCUGUGCAACUGCAGGUCCAGUGGAAAACAGCUAACUGCUUCUCAUCCCAGGAAGGUGGGUUCUGCUCAGCUCACAGCCUCAGAAGAACUCACAAGCCUGAGCUGAAGACCUCACCUUGACGUGCACACAUCCCACUUAGGCAAGCCAAUUCUACACCCUGGAUCAGAGAAUCAGUUGCACCAUGAGCCGUGUUCGGGAUGCUGGCUGUGUAGCUGCAGGGAUAGUGAUUGGGGCUGGUGCCUGGUACUGCGUCUACAAAUACACCAGGGGAAGAGACCAGAAGAAGAAGAGACUGGCCAAGCCCAAGAACCGGGCUGCAGCUGGGACUGGAGCCAGGGCUAAAGCUGGGCUAAGGGCUGGGUUCACUAUUGACCUUGGGCCAGGAUUCAGUCCCCCAGCCCCAGUCCAUACUGGGGCAGAGGACAAGGCUCAGGAUGAAGCCUCUGCUCUUGAUACUGCAGGAGCUGAGGCAGUGGUCCCAGCUGUGUCUAGCCCUGAGGCUCAGAGUGGGGCUGGAAAUCAGGUCCAGGAGACAGAUGGAGCUGGAGUUGGGCCUAAGACUGAAUCAGUAGUCGUGGCUGCAGCAGCCUCUUCAGUGGCACCACCUCCUAUAGUGGCAGAGGCUCCCACAGCUGCAGAGGUCCCUGCAGUGGCAGAAGCUCCCAGCACAGCAGAGGCGUCAAGGGCUUCAGCACCUCCCAGAGCGGCAGUGACUCCCGGGGCAGCAGCACCUCCUGGGGCAGCAGCACCUCCCGGGGCAGCAGCACCUCCCAGGGCAGCAGCAGCACCUCCCAAGGCAGCAGUGACGCCCGGGGCAGCAGCAGCACCUCCCAGGGCAGCAGUGACUCCCGGGGCAGCAGCAGCACCUCCCAGGGCAGCAGUGAGUCCCGGGGCAGCAGCAGCAGCACCUCCCAGGGCAGCAGUGACUCCCAGGGCAGCAGCAGCACCUCCCAGGGCAGCAGUGACUCCCGGGGCAGCAGCAGCACCUCCCAGGGCAGCAGCGACUCCCGGGGCAGCGGCACCUCCCGGGGCAACAGCACCUCCCAGGGCAGCGGCACCUCCCGGGGCAGCGACACCUCCCGGGGCAGCAGCGCCUCCCGGGGCAGCAGCGCCUCCCGGGGCAGCAGCACCUCCCAGGGCUGCAGCACCUCCCAGGGCUGCAGCACCUCCAGGGGCAGCAGCAACUCAUGGGGCAGUGGCAGCUCAUGGGGGAGCAGCAGCAGCUUCCGGGGCAGCAGCAGUGCCUCCCAGGGCAGUAGCACCUCCUAGAGCAGCAGUGUCUCCUGGUACAGCAGCACCUCCCAGGGCAGCAGCAUCUGCUGUGGUGGCAGCAGCCUCAGAAGCUGUGGAGGCUCCUGGGGUGGCAGCACCUACUGAGGUAGCCCGGACUUCUGGAAUGGCAGCACCUGCAGAGGUGGUCGAGUCUCCUGUGCCCACACAGCCUGCUGGGUCAGCAGCACCUACUGGGGCUGCAGAGGCUCCUGGAACUUCAGGGUCCCCUAGAACAGCAGUAGCUGGCAAGAAAGCAACCCCUGGGGCUCACACUGGGGCUAUACCUAAGGCUGCCUCUGCCACUGGAGCUGUGCCCAAAGGUGGAGCCAAGGGUGGAACCCGGUCCCGGACUGGAGGCAAAGGCAAGAGCAAGAAAAGCAAGGUUGAAGUAGAUGAAUUGGGAAUGGGAUUCCGCCCUGGGGAUGGGGCUGCAGCAGCUGCUGCAGCCUCCGCUAAUGGGGGAGAGGCUUUCCUAGCAGAGGUCCCUGAUUCUGAGGAAGGGGAAUCUGGUUGGACUGACACAGAGUCGGAUUCGGAUUCUGAACCAGAAACCCAGCGCAGAGGGAGAGGGAAAAAACCUGUUCCCAUUCAGAAGCGCCCCUUUCCUUAUGAAAUUGAUGAGAUUCUGGGUGUCCGAGAUCUCAGGAAAGUACUUGCCUUGCUUCAGAAAUCAGAUGAUCCCUUCAUUCAACAGGUAGCUUUGCUCACCUUGAGCAACAAUGCCAAUUAUUCAUGUAACCAAGAGACGAUUCGCAAAUUGGGAGGCCUCCCAAUUAUUGCAAACAUGAUCAACAAAACUGAUCCCCACAUUAAAGAAAAAGCCUUAAUGGCCAUGAAUAACUUGAGUGAAAAUUAUGAAAACCAGGGCCGUCUUCAGGUAUACAUGAACAAAGUAAUGGAUGAUAUUAUGGCCUCUAACCUGAACUCAGCAGUACAGGUAGUUGGACUAAAAUUUUUAACGAACAUGACUAUUACCAAUGACUACCAGCACCUGCUUGUCAAUUCCAUUGCAAACUUUUUCCGUUUGUUAUCUCAGGGAGGUGGGAAAAUCAAGGUUGAGAUUUUGAAAAUACUUUCCAAUUUUGCUGAAAAUCCAGAUAUGCUUAAAAAACUUCUCAGUACCCAAGUGCCAUCAUCAUUUAGUUCCCUGUAUAAUUCUUACGUGGAAUCAGAAAUUCUUAUCAAUGCCCUUACUCUAUUUGAGAUUAUCUAUGACAAUCUCAGAGCAGAAGUGUUCAACUACAGAGAAUUCAACAAAGGUUCCCUUUUUUACUUAUGCACUACAUCUGGAGUGUGCGUUAAGAAAAUUCGAGCCUUAGCAAAUCACCAUGACCUCUUGGUAAAAGUGAAAGUUAUAAAACUGGUGAACAAAUUUUGAUUGUUGUGUCCUCUCAAAAGACUUGAAAUUCCUUGUUCUUGUAGUCUGGAAGCAUUGAAAAUUGAAAGUUACUGCUUUUCCAUUUGCUUGUAUAGUAAAGGGAUCCUUCCAGCUGCCAGUUUUGAAUAAUGUAUCAUCCAGAGUGAUCUUAUCUGUGACAGUCAUUUAUGAAUACCAAAUAGUCCUCUUGUACUGAAAACACAUUUGUGAUUUUAAUCGUGCUGCUUAGAUGGAAUAUUUUUACUGGUUCCUCUAUGUGACUUGACAGUGAAUCUGUCCAUCGUGAAUGGCCUACUCUGCUAUUAUUUGUUUUGACUUGAAUUUAUCCACCAAAGACUUCAUUUGUGUAUCAUCAAUAAAGUUGUAUGUUUUAAAUGACAAGAAA